CCUGCAGCUGAUCUAACAUCGGAUAGCACAUUCUCCAGAUGGGCAUACACCCAUUACUUUAAGUUUGUGAAAAAUAAGGAUGUGAAGAACAUUGUAGUCAAAUGCACUUUGUGUGCUAAACCUAAAGAACUGUCCACUUCCCGUAAUAGCACUAGUAAUUUAACUAAACAUUUACAGAGGUGCCAUAGUAACAUGAAGUUAGCAAGGAAGCAAGUGGAGGAUGAGAGUGGCGAUAAAAUCACAAAGCAGCCAAAAUUAACGUUCUCCCGCUCUGAGAUGCUCCGUCAGCCUCAAGAGGUUAGGAGACUUGUGGCGGAGUAUGUUGUUGAAGAUAUGCUGCCGCUUUCAACAGUGGAAUCGCCAGCUUUUCAAAAACUUGUCAGCAAGAUCCCUGUCGCCACUAGCAGCAAUGAUAACAAGCAUGUACUUCAAAGCAGAAAAACCUUCACAAAGGACUUGGAUAAGGCAUACACAGUCAUGACAAGGGAACUCAAAAAGACCAUUGAAGUACAGAACCAUGUGUCCACCACCGCUAAUCUUUGGAGUGCAAAUAACAGAAGCUACCUUGGGGUCACAAUGCACUGGAUCGACAACAAAAGUUUGAAAUGGAGGAAGGCGGCAAUAGCUUGUAGACGAUUCAGGGGUCGCCAUACUUAUGAUAAAAUUGCUACAGAGAUUGAGGACAUUUUCUCAGAAUAUGGCCUUACUCAUGACAAAAUCAUGGCACGUGUGACCGAUAACGGUAGCAACUUUGUGAAGGCAUUUCGGGAGUAUCAGCAUGUUGAGUCCGAGGAGGAGGAGGUGGAGGAGGACAGUGGCGAAGGGGAAGUGCACUUUACAGACCUUCACAGUGUGCUUAGCGCUGAUGAUGAAGAUGCCCAGGUUGCGCUAUAUGUACUGCCUCCCCACCAUAGGUGUGCAGCCCAUACACUGAAUCUAGUUGCAAACAAUGAGGUUGAUAAAUGGCUUGCAACCAAUCCAGAAUCAAGAGCGGUCUACCGUAGUGCUACAGCCAAAUGUUCUUUGCUGUGGACAAAGUCCAGCCGCGCCACAGUUGCAGCUGAGUGCGUAGAAGAGGUUAGCGAUAAAAAGUUGAUUGUCCCCACAGUGACAUGGUGGAACUCAUUUUAUGAUGCCUAUGCAAGAAUCACAGAAAUGCCUCUCACUGACAUUAAUAACCUCUGCACACAGUUUCAGAUUAAAUGUAUGAACGACAGGGAAUACCAGUUUCUUAUGGAAUACUGUGCCAUUAUGAAGCCUUUCACAGUUGCACUGGACAUCCUACAAGGAGAGGAGACUUGUUUUUAUGGCAAGCUUCAACAAACACUAUAGGUUCUUAUGGCCAAAACCUUAGCGAUGAAAAAUGGUCCAUCACCAAUGACCACUGGGCUGCCUGAGGUUAUUGUGGGAGCAAUCAAAAUUCGGUUUGUGGCAAUAAUUGAUUCCAAGGCUGCACUACUGGUUUCUGUGUCACUGCCCAAGUUUAAGCUGCGCUGGGUAAAAGAGGAAACCAGAAGAGACCACAUCACUCUCCUCCUUACAACGGAGUGCCGCACCCUAACAACAGAGGAACCUGCAGCCCUGAUGCCCGAUCCCCCUCAACCUGCUGCUGUCGCCCCAAGUGAGGAGGACUUUUUCUCCUUUGAUGAACAGGUGAAUGUCUCGGCUGAUGCACCCAUGUCAGUGGAAACAGAGGUAACAUCUUACUUGAAUUCUGCCCCUGUGAUCGAAAUUCUUCAUCUGUUUCCAAGAAUUAAAAAAAAAAUCGCACUCCAUUACAAUGCACCAACACCAUCGAGUGCACCAGUAGAAAGACUUUUCAGUCUUGGCAGUCUUGUGCUCACCCCAAAACGCAACCGUCUUAGUGAUGGGUGCUUUCAGUGCUGCCUUCUGAUGUGCUUUAACAGAUAUUUCAGUCAAGUAGGUGGUGAAAUAGGUUAGCUGCCCACCAUCCUUAAACACACACACGCACUAUAUAAGUCAAUUUUACCGGCCUUGUUUGACGUAUGCUGCCUCUGUUUGUAUAUUUGGCUGUGACAGUUUGUUUACAUUUUUGUCCUGUAUAACUGAGUUUUUUUUCUGGUUGUAAGUCAGACUAAAGUGAUUGAGCUGCCUUUCCUUCGAGGGCUAAUAUGCCUAAGCACUUCAAUAUCAUUAAAAGCACUUUGAUUUUGUUAUUUCUAAUUCUGUUUUUCGAAAUGUGACUGGGUAGCCUCAUAUAGCUAAUAGUCAUUGUCUGGCUGUGAUUUAAAAGGCUUGUGUUUUUUUCUUUUUUCAGGCCAGUUUUAUUGUAGGCUACGAUUUGCCAUUAUGUUCAUUUUUGUUAAAUUUCUGAAAUGGAGUCAUAUCCCUUAGGGCUAAUCUUUUUUUUUCUUUUUUUUUG